UUAUUGACAUGCGCAAAAAUUGGUCACUAAAAGUUCAAAUUGCAUUUUGAACAAUCAAUCUGAAUCAAUCUCACAACAACUCUGUCAAUAUAACUCAAAAAUAUUUUUAAAUUCAACAACAGUUUCAUUAAAUUAAUCAACUUUUUUUUGGCUAAUAAAUGUGGUUUUAUUAGAAUUUAAAAAUGUCUUUAAUAGGUAUGAAUACUCGAUGGCUUCAACUUCGAAUGUUUAGUUCUCUUCCAGAGAUGCCAGCAACAAAUUUCAUUGCAUCUCCAUACAAGGGAACAGAUUAUGAGACAAUAAAAUUAUCAAGAAUGACAAAGGUGACACCGAGUCAACGACCUUUUUAUAAAAAACCACUGUUAAUUCAUGAGGGACAUGGCCAGUGGCUUUGGGAUCAUACUGGACGUCGUUAUUUGGACAUGUUUGGUGGCAUUGUAACAAUUUCUGUUGGUCACUCUCAUCCAAAAAUUACAGAUAUUGCUGUUAAACAAAUGAGUAAAUUAUGUCAUACAACAUCAAUUUAUAUGCAUCCAAAAUAUCAUGAAUAUGUUGACAAAUUAACUGCAAAAUUACCAGAUAAAUUAAAUACAGUUUAUCUUGUUAAUAGUGGAUCAGAAGCAAAUGAAUUGGCAUUUUUAAUGUCAAGACUUUAUACAGGUGCACAAGCAAUUGUUUCACUUAGAAAUUGUUAUCAUGGUGGAAGUUAUGCAACGGCUGUUGCAACAGCAAUGUCAACAUGGAAAUAUCCAAUGGCACAACCAUCUGGUUAUAUACACGUAACAAAUCCAGAUGUUUAUAGAGGUUCAUGGGGUGGUUCACAAUGUCGUGAUUGUCCAAUAUCUAAAUCAAGAAGAACUUGUGAAUGCAUUGGACAACGUUGCAUUGCAUCAGAAAAAUAUGUUGAUGAUUUACAUCAAGUAUUUCGUUAUACAUUACCAACAAAUGGACAAAUUGCUGGUUUUAUUGCUGAGAGUAUUCAAGGAGUUGGUGGAGUUGUUCAAUAUCCAAGAACAUAUCUUCAACAAGUAUAUAAUUUAGUUAAAAGUAAAGGUGGUCUUUGUAUUGCUGAUGAAGUUCAAACUGGUUUUGGAAGAACUGGUGAUAAUUAUUGGGGUUUUGAAGGACAUAAUAUUGUACCAGAUAUUGUUACAUUAGCUAAAGGAAUUGGUAAUGGUUUUCCACUUGGUGCUGUUGUUACAACUAAAGAAAUUGCUGAUUGUCUCAAUAAAGCAUUGCAUUUUAAUACAUUUGGAGGUAAUCCAUUAGCUUGUGCUGUUGGAACAGCAGUUCUUGAUAUUAUUGAUGAAGAAAAACUUCAAGAAAAUUCAAAAAUUGUGGGGACUCAUAUGUUGCACAGAUUGAGUACACUUAUGCUAGAAUAUCCAACUAUCAUUGGUGAUAUAAGAGGAAAAGGAUUGAUGAUUGGUGUUGAACUCGUUGAUGAUCCUGAUACAAAAGAAGCCAUGUCAGCAGAUAAUGUUGCUGAAAUAUUUGAAGAUAUUAAAGACAUGGGUGUACUUGUUGGUAAAGGAGGAAUAAAUGGAAAUAUACUGAGAAUAAAGCCACCAAUGUGCGUGACAAAAGAAGAUGUUGAUUUUACAGUUGAAGUUAUUAAUACAGCCUUGAAAAAAUAUCGUAAUAGUCACAUUGAAGACAAGGAAUCAGUUUAUUUUAGUGGUGUUUAAAGCUUUACAUUUAAUUUAAAGUAGUGAUACUUAAUACUUGCUAAUUGCUUGAAAUAUCCAAUCAACAUAAUGCAUCAAAACUUUUGUAAUAACAGCAGGAUUAUGAGGAUCAAUGAAAACUAAAGAAACUAUUCCAAAUAAAUGUCCUUUUUGAAAUGUUACAAUAGGACUACCACUGUCUCCCUGAUAAAUAGAAAAAAAGAUAAAUAUAAA